AUGAGCUACGCUGCUACAGUGCGCCGUCCAGUUCCCCCUCCACAACCACGUCAAGGCAUCACAUCGCUGCAGUUCCGUCGCCAGACACCACCGCCGCCUCCGCCACUGACGCCCUACCAUCCUCCUGUCGGCCAACACUACGCUCCGAGGAAGACCGAUGUUUGGCGCUUCCCUGACCACUGCCCGCUAUGCUACCACUGCAGGGAAGCCGGCCAUACGUACCGCCGCUGCCAUUACCGCCAGACGAGAAUACGCGGAUUCGCCGUCAGCGCACCUUGCCCACAGGAUGCAGCGCGCCAGUCCGACCACGACCGACACGACCCCGACAAUAAUCCCGGAAAGAUGGACAAGAAGGGCCAUAAGGAAAACAAGGAUGAGCAUGACGAGGAGGACACCGACAAUUACAACGACGAGAAGGGCGUCUACAAGAACAACGCCAAGGAAGAUGACACGGAAAAGAAGGACGCACAUAGCGGCGACAAAGAAUCGCGCGCUGAGCAGAAGAGGGACGGGGAGAACGGGACCGAGAAAGGGAAGGACUCUCAGGACGAAUACAAGUACGCGCCGGCAGCGCGCCAGUCCGACCACGACCGACACGACCCCGACAAUAAUCCCGGAAAGAUGGACAAGAAGGGCCAUAAGGAAAACAAGGAUGAGCAUGACGAGGAGGACACCGACAAUUACAACGACGAGAAGGGCGUCUACAAGAACAACGCCAAGGAAGAUGACACGGAAAAGAAGGACGCACAUAGCGGCGACAAAGAAUCGCGCGCUGAGCAGAAGAGGGACGGGGAGAACGGGACCGAGAAAGGGAAGGACUCUCAGGACGAAUACAAGUACGCGCCGGCAGUAGCUAUGAUGACCUCGAUGCGGACCAGCGAUCACGACGGCAAGCGAGAACGGAGAAAGCGACCGGCAGAGGACGAAGCGAGUGACCACAAGGAGGCUAAGGUGCGCAGGCUGCUCAGGAACGACGAGAAAGGCGACCGAAGCUCCGGGAUAUAUCAAGCGCAGCAAAAAGGCAACCUGGCUACCUCCGAUUGCGUUCUCGGUCUGGAGUUCUCCGGCCGCGACCCGGAGGGUCGCCGAGUCAUGGGAGCCGUGGCUUCCGAGGGCAUGGCGACGGCGCUUGCCGCCGACCCGUGCUUCCUUUGGGAGGUUCCCGAGUCCUGGAGCCUCGAGGAGGCCUCUACGGUUCCCGUCGCCUACUCUACCGCCUACUACGCCCUCGUGGUCCGAGGCAACAUGAGGCCCGGCGAGUCCGUGCUCGUCCACUCCGGCAGCGUAGGUGUCGGACAGGCCGCCAUCUCGAUCGCUCUCUCCAUGGGCUGCAUGGUCUUCACCACAGUCGGUUCUAUGGAACAGCGGAACUUCCUCAAGCGCCAUUUCCCACAACUGCAGGACCGAAACUUGGCAAGCUCGCGUGACCUCUCGUUCGAGGAGCGAAUUCUUCACGAGACGAAGGGCAGAGGCGUGGACCUCGUUCUCAAUUCGCUGGCCGAGGAGAAGCUGCAGGCCAGCGUCCGCUGCCUGGCGACCCACGGCCGAUUCCUGGAGAUCGGCAGGUUUGACCUGUCCAGAAACUCCAAGCUCGGCAUGUCCGUGUUCCUCAAGAACAUAGCGUUCCACGGCAUCCAGCUGGACGGGCUGUUCGGCGAUGACCCCUUCGUGGGGGCCGACAAGCGACGCGUAGCCGAUCUUGUCGGUGAGGGCAUCGCCUCGGGUGCUGUGCGGCCCCUGAACGCCAUCAAGUUCACAAGGGACAAAGCAGAGGAGGCGUUCCGGUUCAUGGCAUCUGGAAAACACACGGGCAAAGUCGUGCUUCAAGUCCGGCCGGAAGAGACGCCGCGCAGGACGACACCCGCCACGCCGCUCACCGUGGAGGCCGUGGCACGCACCUGCUUCUAUGAGCACAAGUCGUACGUGAUCGCCGGCGGCCUCGGCGGUUUCGGCCUGGAGCUCGCCGACUGGAUGGUGCUCCGCGGAUGCCGCAAGCUGGUGCUCAGUGCACGGUCCGGCAUCCGGACGGGAUACCAGAAGCUGUCUCUCCACCGGUGGCAGCAAGCCGGCUGCAAAGUGGUCGUGAGCAAGGCUGACUCUGCGACCGAGAAUGGAGCCCGACAGGUAAUUGAGGAUGCCACUAUGCUGGGACCCGUCGGCGGCAUCUUCAACGCGGAAGUGGUUCUUCGGAACGCACUCCUCGAGAAUCAGACGCCCGAGUCUUACGAGACCGUGUGCAAGCCCAAGGUUGACGGCACGCUGCGCCUGGACGAGCUCUCCCGGAAGAUGUGUCCGCAGCUGGACCACUUCGUUGUCUUCUCGUCUGUGUCAUGCGGCCGGGGCAACGCUGGCCAGACUAACUACGGCUAUGCCAACUCCGUCAUGGAGCGUAUCUGCGAGCGAAGAGUCGCUGAUGGACUACCUGGCCUGGCUAUCCAGUGGGGCGCCAUUGGGGACGUUGGUGUCCUCCACGACACGAUGGGGGCCGACGUGGUUGUGGGCGGCACCCUGCCCCAGAGGAUAAGCUCGUGCAUGGCCGUCAUGGACCGGUUCCUGAGCCAGAGUCAUCCGGUUGUGUCGAGCUUGGUCAAGGCCGAUCUCUCCACCAAGUCGGAUGGCAAGGUCACGCAGAACCUCGUCCAGUCUGUCGCACACAUACUUGGCGUAGAGGAACCCUCCAGCUUAAACCCGAGCAUGAGCCUCGGCGAGUUGGGCAUGGACUCACUCAUGGGCGUCGAGGUGAAGCAGACCAUCGAGCGCGACUACGACCUCUCCUUGUCCAUGCAAGAGAUCCGGCAGCUCACCAUCAACAGGCUUCUAGAAAUCGGCGGGACAGCUGGGAGCGAGCCAGACUCCUCUGAAAGUGCCGCCGCCACGCCGAAGGAGAGUGAGGGCCGGCCUUUUGGCCGACAUCCCCAGGACGACGACCACACAGAACACUUCGACAACUGA